AUGCCUGCCGCCACGCAAGCGAAACCGAGCUUGGAUGCAUUGCCGCCGGAGCUAAUCGAGGCGAUUGCAUGCGAACUACCAACUCGAGACAUCUUCUCUCUUCAGCUCACCUGCUUUACCAUCGCCCGAAGGAUUGAACACCACUUCACACGCACCUACUACAGGCAUGCGGGGUUUCUUCUCGACAGUCCAAACAGCAUCAAAAUGGCAAUCGACUUCGCAAGGCACCCAGCAGUUGGCCCCGCUCUCCGCGAGAUCACCUUCUUCAUUGACAAAAUCGCCAACCCACACACAACUACUGAGCCUCUCCACAUCGAGCCCACUGAGCGACUCAUGCUGAUGCGCUGGCUGAGAAACCGAUUCUGGGAAGAUCAUCAACCCUUUCUCGACCCCGAGACGCAACGGCAAGACAUCGAGGUACUAUUGUUGGAGCUCAAGUUGCACGGCAAGCUCAACCGUAUCAUCUUCGGAGAGCUUCAUUCCUCGACGCAGGUUCCCGUGUUCGAUAAAGGCGAGGCCGGGCCUUCGAUUGCCAACAUAGCGGAGGUGAUGCGAGACGUCUUGCUCAGACCCGAACUCGCAAACCCCUCGGUCGAACUGGUCUUGGCCGCGAUGACUAGGAUCGGAAUGCCUUCAGUUCAAAGCAUCGAGAUGGCGGGGCCGCGAGUGAUCUGGCUUGCACUCUUGCCACCGUGUCAGCUGAAUUUGUACCGACAAGCCUUCGCCUCGCCGAGACGUCUUUGCCUCUAUCUAUGCGACACUCACCUUGGUGCUGCUACUUCAAAUGUGCAGUACUUCACGAUACUGAGCCAAGGCGAACGACAAGCACACUACAAAGCCACACUCCAAGGCGGAGUAAUUGGAGGGUUGGUGGGACUUUCAGCAGGAGCGCUCUGUGUAUACCUGGCCUCGCGCUCCUUUCAAGGCUUCCGAAACAUCACUCUUGCAUGGCGAGGGUAUAUGAUCACUAGUGCUGGGACGUUUGGAGCUGUCAAAGCGGCCGACUACUCGUCGCAUAGAUACGAAGCGCUACAUCAUCCUGAUCGUGCCUACCACCAAAACCUCGAUACGUUGCAGAAGGAGCUGUAUCGCCAACAACCGCUCUCUCAACGCUUAGGCAACUGGGCAACGAGGAACCAAUACUCUGUUGUCUUCGGCUCCUGGGCUGUCUGUUUGGGAGCGUCUUGGAAUCUGCUGAAUCGUAAUCCAUACUUGACCAAGCCCCAAAAGCUGGUGCAAGCGAGGGUUUUCGCUCAAGGCUUGACUGUGGCGAUGGUGGUCGUUGCGCUUGCGUUGCAGAACCACAGCAAAACUGCAGCUCAUGGGUCUGAGCAUGGAUCAGAAGAGCACUAUUCAAAAUUGCAAGAGCAAUGGAAAGAUAUGAUGGAUGCUGAGGAAGAAUAUCUUGACGAGCAAGGUCUAGAGCACAGAGGUGUGCCGGCUGCUCACCGACGAGCCAGACCGCAUUUCUUGGAUCAGAGAGAUAUGAGGCAGAAAGCGACAGAUCAGCUCAGGAGAUGGCAGGUGGAAGGGGUGCCCGACUCAUAG